UGGUUUUGAUUUUUACCCUCAGGUGUGCAGCAGCGCUCGUCCACACGACGUAUUGGGGUUAGGGCUGCGGAACUUGAGAAACUUUCACUGCUUUUGUAUGAGUCAGAAACCCGAAAAACCGACACUAUCAGGUCAACGUAUCAAGACCAGGAAAAGAGAUGAAAAGGAGAAGUAUGACCCUUCAGGGUUUCGUGAUGCCAUACUGCAGGGUUUUGCAGAGGCUGGGUCUGACCUAGAUGCAGUGCACAAGUUCUUGGAUGCAGCCGGCUCUAAGUUGGACUACCGCCGCUAUGGAGAGGUCAUCUUUGACAUUCUCCUGGCUGGCGGCAUCUUGGCACCCGGGGGUACCCUGAUCGUGGAUGUGGACUCGGCCAAGCCCUCGCAGACGGACACGUGCGUCUUUUCGGCCCCCAACAACAUGGAGGUGCUGAAGAACUAUGCCCAGCUGAUCACCAAGCUGAUCCGGCGUUACAAAUACCUGGAGAAGACGCUGGAGGAGGAGUUCAAGAAGGUGCUGAUGUUCCUGAAAGGGUUCAGCGCCGAGAACCGCCAGAAGCUGGCGCGGGUGUUGGCGGUGCUGAUAGCGGGGGGCCAAGUUCCCGCCUCGGUGCUGCAGAGUGCCCUGCAGGACCACCUUGUGAAGGACGGCCUGGCCCUGCAGUGCCUGCUGGACGUGCUCCAGACCUGGCUGGACGAGCGGGACCCGUCCACCCUGUGGGCAGUGCUGCGCAAGGCGGGAUUCGACUCGCGUCUCAUGGUGCGUGUUGGCCAUCAUGGCCAUUUAAAGGGGCCUUGCAACACUUUUCCAAGUAAUUGUUGAAUGGCUCCAUUAAAA